GGUAGCUUGCAAAGGCCCUGGCAGUUGUUUUCAUUCGUCUCGCGGUUCAGCUCAUGUUCCUAUAACUUCUAAAUCAUUUACGGAUUUAUCAAUCAAUUGCUGAUAAAGAUACAAAAUAUAUAUAUGUUUUAAUACGCUUGUGUGGUGCUUGUGUGCUAUCUAGAAUACCUCUUAUCUUUUGCGCGGCAGAAUGUGCAGGAUUUGACUUGAACUUUAGCCUUCUGGCAAAGGAGAUGACUCAGUGAAAUCACCGAACAAAGCAUUACCAGUUGAUAAUGAUACCCGUGGAUGCUUUUAAGAUUGCUGAUCCCAAAAGGCGCUACGUUGGUUAGCAUGUACCUGAACCGGCAUUGUUACUAAUAGGUACCGAAUUUAAUACUGUGCUCCAGCCACGAAGAGGUCACCAUCAGCUAAAGUUACAAAAAUCAGGAAACAACGAAAAUGUGUUCAUCAUGCUCGGACCUGCAGAAAAAGAUUAUCUCGCUAGGGUGCUCGGCCUUCCUGAUACUGGUCGCAAUCACUUUGGGCGUUCUCUGGCCUUCCAUGUCGGAGAAGGUGUUGCAUGAUAAAUUGGUCGUGAAAAAUGGUUCAACUAACUACAACAAUUGGAUAAAAACUCCCAUUCCCAUGUACCUCGACAUUUAUUUUUUCAACUGGACAAAUGCGGACCAACUGUCGGAGUAUCUGGAGGUGAAACCGAACUUUGUCGAACUUGGACCAUACACUUUCAGCGAGGUACACGAACGAGUGGAAUUGGUGUGGAAUGCUAACAAUACUGUCACAUACAAACAACGCCGAACAUGGCAUUUUGUGCCUGAACUUUCGCAAGGAUCGCUGGACGAUUUAGUGACGAAUUUGAAUGUGAUCUCACUGAAUGCUGCUUAUUUCUUGCGCAACAACAAUAUCGUGAUCAAAGAGCUAGUAGACUUCGUGCUACAAACGCACGGUUCACUUGUGUGGAAAAACAAGUCCGUCAGAGAGCUUCUCUUUGAAGGUGUCGACGAUCCGUUGCUAGAUUUGAUCAAGGCAAUCAAUAACACCAACAUAAACAUUCCAUUCGAUAAAUUCGGAUGGUUCUAUGGACGUAAUUUGAGUGAAACCUACGAUGGAUCAUUCACGAUGCGCACCGGUGCCGAUGAGCUCGACAGUGUUGGUCUCCUCACACAAUGGAAUGGAGCGGCUCAAACUGGAAUGUAUCGUGGCCGAUGCGGGGAAGUCUCUGGUACCUCGGGCGAACUAUGGCCCCCCCACGUUGACACACCGUCCAGUAUUUCGCUAUUCCCGCCGGAUAUUUGCCGCACGAUCACACUGCAACAGAGUGAAAACAUAUCACUGUACAACGUGCUAGGUGUGAAGUACGUCGGCGAUGAUCGCGUGUUUGAUAAUGGUAUCAAGUAUCCUGCGGCCGCCUGUUGGUGCAAUGCGGACGCGCAGCAUUGUCCCGAUGUAAAACCAGGCGUAUUUAAUGCAUCGGCCUGCAAAUUCGGUUCUCCGACGUUUGUAUCCUUCCCUCAUUUUUACCUGGCAGACGAAAGCUUCACUACUGCCGUGACCGGUAUGCAACCAAACCGGACGCUUCACGAGUUCUACAUGGCCAUCGAGCCUAAAACGGGCAUUCCGUUGGAUGUUCGUGCACAGCUGCAAAUCAACGAGCAUCUGCAGCCUAUUAAAGGCUUCAAGUUUUACAAAAACGCUCCUGAUCUAAUGGUGCCCAUGAUAUGGUUCCGACAGCGUGCCACUCUGACACAAGAACUAGCUGAACAGGCUAAGCUGGCACUAGCGCUACCGUCACUUGGAAUUUACGUGGCCUUUUUCUUCGGUGCAGUUGGCUUGAUCAUCGGUAUCGUAUUCCUAAUCGUGUUCAGCAGAGCACGGUCAGUUAUUACAGAGACUGUACCCUACGAGCAGUUGCAAAGCUAGAAAAGCGAAGCUGGGAAGCGUCUGCUAUCUGCGUAUUCCCAUGCUCUAGGUGUAUAAAAUGGAGUUUAGCGAGUGCCUUACUGUGAUAAGAGCAGAGGGCAUUAUGAUUUAUGAAGCGUAUUCCUUUUCUAUAUUUCUUUGUUUUUACAUCACAACUUUCUUCCGUUUUACCUACAAUCAUACUCAUACUUCCGGUGACCCAUCAAGCCCGACGUAUGCUGUUCGCAUCAAAUUUGUGCCAAAAACGACAUGUUUCACCUGUUUUGGGGUACGAUCCAAUUAAAUAAUGAAUAGCUAGAGCAAGAUAGAGGGUUUAUAAUUUAGUUGAAGAUACGUUAAAAGUUGUUUUGUUUUUGGAAAGUGAUUUACGAGUGCAGACUGAAUUAACUCUAACUAGCGAACCAAAAAUACCUAUGCGCUAUCAGUCAAUCAAGUGGAACUGGUGGGCUUUACCAACAUAUCCAAAGAGAUUUUUUAAUUUGGUAUAUGAUUGUACUGUUAUGAUGACUAUUUAGGUAGAAACAAUGUAAUAAAUAAAAUACAUACUAUAAAUAUCAAC